AUGUGCAGCUCUGGGAGACUUGGAUUUCUGUCCAUGGACAGCACCGAAGGAUGGUGCAUAUACGAUGACAUGCUGGUCGAGCCUUUUAAGGCCCGUGGGUGGGCUGUAACACCACGCAUCCCGUGGCGACGGUUUCGUGAGCACGAUUGGUCUCAGUAUGAUAUUGUGGUGGUAAGGAGUACCUGGGACUAUCAGGAUGACCUGACGCUUUUCCAUGCCGCGUUGGAUCACAUUGCAUCGAAGUGUGCUGUGGAAAACAGUGUCGCCCUGAUGAAGUGGAACAGUUCGAAGCUGUACCUAAAAGAGAUGGCAAACCACGGCUGUCCGAUUUUACCAACUGCCUUCGUUGUGCCUGGCGAUGUCCCCUCAGUGGCGGUAGGCAGGGCCCUCGAGACCUUCGAGGAGGUGGUCAUCAAGCCGGCAGUGGGCGCGAGCAGCUUCGACACAUUCCGGAUCAAACGUGGGGAGCUUGAGGCCCCCUACAUCUUUGUAGAAGAUCCGACGGUGGUAGAGCUCCGUGGGCGCGAGACGCAGCUUGUCACGAAGGAGUUCGCCACCCAAUCUGCAUUCAUCGAUGAGCUGUUCUCCGACGUCCCGUGUCUCGUGCAGCCGUUUGUAUCCGAGAUCAUGUCGGAAGGUGAGUAUAGCCUGUUCUACUUUUGUGGGGCCCUUAGCCAUGCGAUGCACAAGCUGCCCAAGGCAGGAGACUAUCGAUCUCAAGAAGACUACGGCGCAGUGCACCACAGAGUGGACAUUGACUCACUUCCGACCGGUGUGUGCGAGUGCGCAUCUCGGGCCAUUCAGGCAUUGCCGCUCGACCAGCCACCUCUAUACAGCCGCAUGGACGUGGUCGUCCUGCCAAACAGCAUCAUGGAGCCUUUGGCACGUGAGGGUUCUUCAACCCACUUCACCGUAGCCGAGGGGAACUCAGAGCCGACGGGCUAUGCACUCAUGGAGGCAGAGCUGAUCGAGCCAUCGCUUUACUUUAACAUUGCCUCGGAAGGCAUUGCAAACUUCAUCGAGGAGUUCUGCAAACGCCAUGGCGGCUAG